UCCCCGCCGGGUUCAUGGCCGCGGCGCCGGCCAACCUGACGUAUCUGAGCAUCGCCGGGAACAACUUCACCGGCGACGUCUCGUCGUACGACUUCGGCGGGUGCGCCAACCUGACGGUGCUCGAUUGGUCCUACAACGGCCUGAGCAGCACCAAGUUGCCACCGGGCCUCGCCAACUGUCGCCGCCUUGAGACGUUGGACAUGUCCGGCAACAAGCUCCUCGCCGGCCCGAUACCGACCUUCUUGACCGGCUUCUCCUCGCUGCAGCGGCUGGCAUUGGCCGGCAACGAGUUCUCCGGUCAGAUACCCGGUGAGCUCAGCCAGCUGUGCGGCAGAAUUGUUGAACUGGACCUGUCAAGCAACCGGCUGGUUGGUGGCUUGCCGGCAAGCUUUGCCAAGUGCAGGUCACUGGAGGUGCUUGACCUCGGUGGCAACCAGCUCUCCGGGUCCUUUGUGGACAGUGUCGUCAGCACCAUCGCCUCACUCCGUGUGCUGCGGCUUUCCUUCAACAACAUCACCGGGCCGAACCCGCUGCCGGUGCUGGCGGCGGGUUGCCCAUUGCUGGAGGUGAUCGACCUUGGGUCCAAUGAGCUUGAUGGUGAGAUUAUGGAAGACCUUUGUUCAUCACUGCCGUCGCUGCGGAAGCUGUUCCUCCCCAACAAUUACCUCAAUGGCACCGUGCCAAAGUCGCUUGGCAACUGCGCCAAUCUGGAGUCCAUUGAUCUCAGCUUCAACAUCCUGGAGGGCAACAUCCCAACGGAGAUAAUGGCGCUGCCGAAGCUUGUUGAUCUUGUCAUGUGGGCGAAUGGCCUCUCCGGCGAGAUCCCAGACAUGCUUUGCUCCAAUGGUACUACGUUGGAGACCUUGGUGAUAAGCUACAACAACUUCACUGGUGGCAUUCCCCCUUCCAUCGUCAGUUGUGUCAAUCUCAUCUGGGUGUCGCUCUCCGGCAACCGCCUUACCGGGAGCGUGCCUCGCGGUUUCGGUAAGCUCCAGAAGCUUGCCAUCCUGCAGCUCAACAAGAAUCAGCUCUCCGGCCAUGUGCCAGCAGAGCUCGGCAGCUGCAACAACCUCAUCUGGCUUGAUCUCAACAGCAACAGCUUCACCGGCACUAUACCGCCGGAGUUGGCUGGCCAGACAGGGCUGGUUCGGGGGAUCGUGUCAGGGAAGCAGUUUGCCUUUCUCCGGAACGAGGCCGGCAACAUCUGCCCCGGUGCCGGUGUGCUCUUUGAGUUCUUCGGCAUCCGGCCGGAGAGGCUGGCUGCCUUCCCAAAUGUGCACCUCUGCCCAUCCACAAGGAUAUACACUGGCACAACGGUGUACACAUUCAGCAACAACGGGAGCAUGAUCUUCCUGGACCUCUCCUACAACGGCCUCACCGGCGCAAUCCCUGCCAGCCUUGGGAACAUGAUGUACCUGCAGGUCCUGAACCUGGGGCACAAUGAGCUCGAUGGUACAAUACCAUAUGAGUUCUCAGGGCUCAAGACAAUUGGUGCACUUGACCUCUCAAACAACCAUCUCAGUGGUGGCAUCCCCCCGGGCCUUGGUGGCCUGACAUUCCUUGCCGACUUCGACGUCUCCAACAACAACCUGUCUGGUCCCAUCCCUUCAUCCGGUCAGCUCACCACGUUUCCGCAAACCCGGUAUGCGAACAACUCUGGCCUCUGUGGCAUCCCUCUGCCUCCUUGUGGUCAUGAUCCCGGGAGGGGAGGCGCGCCAUCUGCUUCAUCCAAUGGAAGGAGGAAGACCAUUGGGGGAAGCGUUCUUGUCGGAGUCGCGCUCUCCAUACUCAUACUGCUGCUGCUUCUGGUCACACUCUGCAAGCUCAGGAAGAACCAGAAGACAGAAGAGAUGAGAACCGGGUACAUUGAGAGCCUCCCAAUAUCUGGCACAUCAAGCUGGAAGCUUUCAGGUGUGCACGAGCCGCUAAGCAUCAACGUGGCAACAUUUGAGAAGCCACUGAGGAAGCUCACCUUUGCGCAUCUCCUUGAGGCCACCAAUGGCUUCAGUGCUGAGACCCUCAUAGGCUCAGGAGGUUUUGGUGAGGUAUACAAGGCAAAGCUCAAGGACGGCACUGUCGUAGCCAUCAAGAAGCUCAUCCAUUUCACAGGCCAGGGUGACAGGGAAUUCACUGCAGAGAUGGAGACCAUUGGCAAGAUCAAGCACCGCAACCUCGUGCCACUGCUUGGGUAUUGCAAGAUCGGUGAUGAGCGGCUCCUCGUGUACGAGUACAUGAAGCAUGGCAGUCUUGAUGUUGUUCUGCAUGACAAGGCCAAAGCUAGUGUGAAGCUUGACUGGGCAGCAAGGAAGAAGAUUGCAAUUGGUUCAGCAAGGGGCCUCGCCUUCCUCCACCAUAGCUGCAUCCCCCACAUCAUUCACCGGGACAUGAAGUCAAGCAAUGUGCUUCUUGAUAGCAACCUUGAGGCCCGCGUAUCGGACUUUGGGAUGGCGAGGCUGAUGAAUGCACUAGAUACACAUCUGAGUGUGAGCACACUUGCUGGCACACCUGGGUAUGUGCCACCUGAGUACUACCAGAGCUUCCGGUGCACGACCAAAGGCGAUGUCUACAGCUACGGUGUUGUGCUCCUGGAGCUCCUGUCAGGGAAGAAGCCGAUCGAUCCGAAUGAGUUUGGAGACAACAACCUUGUUGGAUGGGUGAAGCAGAUGGUCAAGGAGAACAGAAGCAGUGAGAUAUUUGAUCCUACACUGACAAACACAAAGUCAGGGGAAGCUGAGUUCUAUCAGUACCUGAAGAUCGCUUGCGAGUGCUUGGACGACCGUCCUAACCGAAGGCCAACCAUGAUCCAGGUCAUGGCAAUGUUCAAAGAGCUGCAGCUUGACUCCGACAGCGACUUCCUCGACGGCUUCUCAAUCAACUCCUCAACCAUAGAUGAAUCAGCGGAGAAAUCAACCUGAUGGUUUCUAUUCCUUGCAGAUUUUGAUUCUCUGGAGGGAUAGAGCAGCAGCUAGCUCAAUCAUUUUAGCUUCCAGUAGCAAAACGUAGUCUCCUUCGAUUUAGUAGGAAAAGUUUUAAUUCUGAUUCCAUGUCACUGUAAAUAGCACACAAAUGCGCGAACAGGGGAAGAAGGGUAGGAUAAACUGCAGAAGAGCUGUUCUCUUCUGUUGGAGGAUAUCGCCAUGUAUUUUGGAAUCAAAUUCCUAGCAUUUCGGCAUCAAUCUUGUUGAGGAUGUGAUUCACAACCUGCUUUUUUCUGCACCUGCAUAUGAUCAGUCCGUUUUGUUGCCUGCA